CUUCUUUUACUCCCUCCAAAGAAACCAGAUUUCCAUUUUCAAAACACUCUUUUCGAUCUUUUACUAAAUGGCUUCCAACUCCAUGAGUUCUAACACUUCUUGGACGCGUAAGGAGAACAAACUAUUUGAAAGGGCUUUGGCUAUAUAUGAGCAGGACACUCCUGACCGAUGGCAUAACGUUGCUAGAGCAGUUGGUGGGAAAUCGGCUGAAGAAGUAAGGAGACACUACGAGCUCCUCGUAAGGGAUGUCAAUGACAUUGAGUCAGGGCGUUAUCCGCAUCCUACUUACCGUUCAAAUGGAAACUGAAAGCAUUUAAGCUACUCAAAAAGGUUCCUCUGAAACCAACAUGAUUCGAAAACCAGAAACAAACAGAGAGGAUCUAAACAAAGAUAUAUCAAAUGUAUUUACGUCUAUUGUGUUAUAUGUAUACGACUAUGUAAGAAUUUUAUGCUUUCAUGCUAAUAUUAAUGAAUCAACGUGAGUUUCACAUGAA